CAAGAGGAUUUAAAUGUUAUGCCUUUAUCAAGCAAUGAAAUGGCUGGAGUCCAAAGGUACAUAUUUCUGUUCAUGUUGUGCUUCUUACAUGAGAUCCCACAGUAUCCUUGCACUGGGCUCCAUGCUCAAACUGUGAGAUUUUCUCCUGAUAUUGGUAUUCAUUUUGAGCAGCAGUCCAUGUGCCCCCCAGUCAGCCUCCAAGGAGAAACUUUCCCAGGGUUUUACAUCAUGUCCCAAUUCCAUAUUGCUGAGCUGGCACGAAGAGGAACUGUUCAGAAGGUCACUGGUUCAUCUCCUCAACAUGUCGCCUACAACAUUGGCGCAGCCUUUAACUUCAGAAUAAACACAAGAUCAGCUUAUCCUUUAGGGCUACCGGAGGAGUUUGCCUUUGUGACUGAGCUGCGAAUGACUGACAGAACAAUAAGUAAAAAGUGGAAUAUCUGGCAGAUGCAGGAUGUGAAUGGAGAGGAACAACUUGCUGUGAGCCUCAAUGGGGAGUCUCAGUAUCUGGAGUUUACGUCCACCGGGACAGACUCCCGGAAGCACACAGUGAUCUUUGGUCCCCUACCCUCACUCUUCAACGACAGGUGGCACCGGAUAUUACUGGAUGUCAACAAGGACUCUGUCUCCCUGUUUGUAGACUGUGUCUUGACUGGCACGCGAGGUAUACCUCCAAGACAGAAAGUCAGUCUGGACGGCUUUACAAUGAUAGGAAAACUCCAGGAUAAUCCAGUCUUUGCAGUUCCGUUUGAACUCCAGUCCAUGUUGAUUCAUUGCGAUGUUGCCCGCGCCCGGACCUCAGUCUGCUACGAUCUCCCAGCCACGACACUGACCGAGGUUACCGUUGCGCAGAGAAGUCAAGGCCCCCCUGGACCUGCAGGUGUGCCAGGAAUUGAUGGCGUUGAUGGGGAAAGGGGCAUGGAAGGGGAGGACGGACCACCUGGGCCUGAUGGAGACGCGGGUAAACCUGGCUCUACGGGAUUACCUGGACUACCUGGAAAUGAUGGACUGACUGGCCCUGUUGGAGAUCCUGGACCCGAUGGCCCCCCUGGACAGAAAGGUGAACCUGGAAAACCUGGGCCUCGUGGAUCAGCUGGUGUUGGGCCUGAUGGACCCCCCGGACCACCUGGGCCUGGAGGACUUUUGGGUGAAGUUGGAAAAGUUGGACCACCGGGUGCCAUGGGAGUGAGGGGGCCAGCUGGACCUCGUGGACCACAGGGACCCAGAGGAGCAGCUGGAGCCUUGGGCAGUACAGACAUGUGUCCAAACUCUUGUCCACCUGGAAUGACAGGGCACCCUGGACUCCCUGGCAUGAAAGGCCACAAAGGUGUAAAAGGGGAAGCUGGGGAACCUGGCAAACAGGGCCACAAGGGAGAGGAAGGAGAGCAGGGGAUCCCAGGGGAGGUUGGAGCCCAAGGACCAACAGGUCCUCAGGGAAUUCGCGGAGCCACAGGGAUGAUGGGCACCAAGGGAGAGCUGGGAGCUCGAGGUCCUGAUGGAGAUCCAGGUCCACAAGGAGUUGCUGGAGCGACUGGAGACCAAGGUCAGAGAGGUGUAAUGGGUGAGGCUGGUCCUAAAGGUGAAGCGGGUGUUCAAGGACCAAGAGGAAUAACAGGGGUUCCAGGUCCAAAAGGAGAGGGUGGUCUUCCUGGUGUUGAUGGCCGUGAAGGUAUUCCAGGGAUGCCUGGAGCUAAGGGGAUCAUUGGAAAGGCUGGGGCUCCUGGAGAAGUGGGUCCUCAGGGAUUUCCUGGGUUACCUGGUGUACCAGGACCAAAAGGACUGGGAGGCCCUAAGGGAGAUUCGGGUGAACCUGGACUCUCUGGGACAAUGGGGUCUGCAGGAAAAACUGGCGAGCGGGGAGAGCAGGGAGAGGUGGGGCCUCUUGGACCUAUUGGUGAACCUGGAGAUAUCGGAGAGCAAGGUCCCACGGGUCCAGCUGGGAAGCAUGGUGCCAGGGGACCAAAGGGUGACCCGGGACUACCUGGUCUCCCUGGCCCUCCUGGUCUUCCUGGAGUGAAAGGGGAGAGGGGGGAGCGUGGUGAAGCUGGUCCCAAGGGAGAACAGGGAUCUCAAGGUGAUGAAGGAAAUGCAGGAGACAAAGGAGAUGUUGGUGAUCCAGGAGAGCCAGGGGCAAAAGGAGAGGUUGGUACCCCUGGUGAGCCUGGCAAAAGGGGUCCAGAGGGAAGUCGAGGUCAGCCGGGCGUCGAGGGACCCCCUGGCUCACCCGGGCCGAGGGGCAUGCAGGGCAACAGGGGUCUACCAGGGGCCAGAGGAACCCAGGGGCCUGCGGGCAAGGAGCCAAGUGAUCAGCACAUCAAGCAAGUUUGUAUGCGCGUCAUGCAAGAACAGCUGGCUCAGUUGGCAGCCAGUUUGCGGAGGCCAGAAUCCGGUGUGGCUGGUUUACCUGGCAAGCCCGGACCUCCAGGGCCUCCUGGGCCUCCUGGAGACAACGGCUUCCCUGGGCAGGCUGGGUCUAGAGGACUGCCAGGUCUGAAGGGGCCACCUGGAGCAUUAGGCCACAAAGGACCAAAGGGUGAGAUGGGUGACAGAGGAGCCAGAGGGCCUACAGCCCGUGGACCUAAGGGUCAGCCCGGACCACCUGGACUUCCUGGUGAGGCUGGUAAACCUGGCUAUGGGCGAGAUGGACGUGAUGGGCAAAGGGGCCCCCCUGGAGUCCCGGGACAGCCUGGUGUGCCUGGAUCACCUGGAGCAGCUGGUCCUAAUGGAUACUGUGAUCCAUCAGCCUGCAACCUGCAAGCAGGCGCUGCCCAGCAGUCUCUGGACAUAAAAGGACCUGCAGGAAACUAAGAGCCAGAACAGAGCAGACACAAAGACAGUUGUAACACAGUCAUCCUCCACGCUUCGUCUUCUGGAGCUGCAGCACGUGGCUGCUUUUGUCCAGGGCCUGAGAGCACCAUUGAAAGAAACAGUCACUUCACUAUGGUCACAACAUAGCUGGAAGUGCUGUUGGGACCAAACAUGUUGACUUUGGUGAACUCUCAUACAUUACUUCCUCAAUCUCCAUUGCCAAAGACAUCCAGGGUUAAAUGUGUUGUGCCUUUUCACAGAUGAUGUCAUAUGUGUGUAUAUGUGUACGUUGUAUGUACAGUGUAUAUGUACCAAUGAAAAACCUGCUGAAACACAUCGACUCAGUUGUCAGCUCUACAGGUCAAAUAAAUGACGGGAGGAAAUCAAUUUUACCAAAGUCACACAGACGUCAGUGAUGUAAAUCUGUAAAUUGUUUGAAUUGUUGUUAAUAAUUUUUAAUACAAACCACUUCAUGUGAGAUUUUGUCUCAUGGCCCGUAACAUUGCAUGUAUAGUGCACAAACAUUAAAUACACAAGGACACUGGCUGAAGUAAUGGAUCACAUUUAUUGCAC